UUUUUGUUGUUGGGUUUAGGGGAUUCAUGGAAUGUUCAUCCUGGGAUAUGAUAAAACUGGCAAAAGAAAAGUUGGAGAUGCUAGAGACCCAAUACCCAAAUCGUUUUGAUUAUCUGAAGCAAGAGCUCGAAUCUUUCAUUUCCCUUCAUGAAUCCAAACAUUUCCUGCCUGAGACCAACUUUCCCUGUUCUUCCUCUGCUUCUGCUCCUGCUACUCAAGCAUCAACCAGUAGGAAAUGGAAGAGGAAGAAGGAGAACAGGGUUGAUUCGGUUCUUGAGAGAGCAAAAUUGUGUCUUGUCAAGAUUCAAAAACUGAAAUCUAGCUUCUUACACUGAACGCCCUGAAAGUGAAAAGGCAUUUGGUAGCUUGUUGAUUGGAGUGAUUGUAAGAAUUGUGACCAUAUUUGGAGUAAAAAUUUGUAAAUGUUUAACUGAA